AUGGCUUCCACGCCGGCCCCAAAUACUGCUGUCGAAAAGAAGGUUGAGAAGUCAUAUCUUGCUUCCGCCGUCGACUCGAUCAAUCCCUGGGCUGGACCUCGCAGUGCAACACCCACGCCGAAAGAUCCUCAGCCAGCCCUCGGCCCCCCCAUUACCGUCGACCAUAUAUUGAAUCCCUUUUAUGGCCAAAGCUUCAAACGAUAUCCACCAGACUGUCCCCCGCCCAAUAUACAGUGGUUCCAUGCUGUUGACGUGAGUGUUUCUUUGGAAAGUGUUGAAAGAUUCAAACUAAUUUUGAGCAUUGGCUUUAGGUGCCAAAACGCAAGCCCAAGAGAAAAAGACACAGACAGUAGCGGAUCCAAAACAAGAGUGCCCGUAAACGAAGACUUUUUGUUCGAUGUGGAUAUUGAAGAGCGGGAACUUGCGCCCAUUUACUGGGAGGGUCCCGUGUACGAGGUGCGGCGCGGAAGUUGGUUCUAUCAAGAGGGCUCCACGCUCCGGCCUUGUGAGGAGAAUCUGGCUGCUCAGCUUGAGGAGGGAUAUCUCAAGGUCAAGCCAUGGCGAUACCCGAAGGCACCCUCGAACCCGUCGACGAAGGGACCAACACCCAAGGAUUCCUCGGAGAACUUGAAGAUUGUCGAUGAAUCCCAGGCCAAAACCAGCGCAAAGACUGCAGCCAGUGUACCCCAACAUCAACCGCAGACCUAUCGGUUGUUCGGUAGUUAUAUGAACAGCGUGGCAACGUAUCAGGAUUCUAAUACAGCGUGGUUGUCCUCUGAUGGGAUGUUGUCGUGGGUUACAUCGACAAUGUACGAAAGGUUUGCAGGUGGUGGAUACAUGAGUGGUGUGAAACUAGUGCGAGGGUACACUGAGGCGAAGAAGGUCAAGGAAAAGGAUGAGAAGCGGCCAGUGACACCAGCGGGAACAAAAUCAACAUCCAACGAGAAGGGCGAUGAGACACCAAAGGCCCUCAAGAGGCGAUCUGCACCGCCCACGAGCGUGCGGCCCAGUCUGGAUGAGGGUGCAGACAUGGAGCCCGACAAUCCUCAGAACUCUUUAUCUCGCCAACUGUCCAAUUUGAUGGAGCGGGCAGAGGACCCAGAAGCUGAAGCCGAGGCUAUCAGGGUGCGAGAAGAGAAGGAGAUGAUGGGUGAUUACAAUACCAACGCCGGUGAGAACCAAGGCCGUGAUAUCGAGCACCUGGUGUUGGUGACACACGGCAUCGGGCAGUUGCUAUCUCGCAGGAUGGACAGCAUCAACUUUGUUCACGAUGUGAAUAUUCUUCGCAAGAAUUUCAAGAAUGUGUACUCUGUAUCCGCAGAUUUACGGGCACUCAAUUCUGAGAUUGGGGAAAGCGGACCAGGUAACUGUCGAGUUCAGGUGCUGCCUGUGGUCUGGCGCCACCGUCUCGACUUUCCCAAGCGCAAGCCAAAAAGAGGAGAACACGAUCUCGCCGAGGCAUUUGACGAGGAGGACGAGUACCCGUCUCUGGAGGAUAUCACCAUUGAAGGCCUCGCUUUCGCCCGUUCCCUUAUUUCUGACCUCGCCCUCGACGUGCUUCUCUACCAGAGCGCCUACCGGGAGCAAAUCGCCGACAUUGUUGUCAAGGAAUCCAACCACAUCUACAAGACCUUCAAGGAACGCAACCCAGAGUUCAAGGGCAAAGUCCACAUUGUGGGGCAUUCCCUCGGCUCAGCCAUCAUGUUUGACAUUCUCUGCCGACAAAAGGAAAGGGCACCUGCCGCUUCGCUGCCGCGAAACCCUUUGAGAAUCUGGCCUGCUGCCUCUUCGGAAGAUAGAUUCGAACCAAAGGAGAGCAAAGAUCUGGCUUUCGACUUUGACGUGGCGGACUUUUAUUGUCUAGGGUCACCGAUCGGAUUGUUCCAGAUGCUCAAGGGGAGGACAAUUUCCGCUAGGAAUCUGCCCAAUGCUGUCCCGUCGGAGAGCCCGCUGAAUCCGGAUUACAUGGAGGAUCCCUUUUUGUCUGCACCGGCGUAUUCGUAUGCCAGCGAUCAACACCUCUCUCCUAUUACUGGCCACCCGUUCAGUGUCUCCUCUCCCAAAGUCUCUCAGUUGUUCAACAUUUUCCACCCGUCGGAUCCGAUCGCGUACCGACUUGAACCGUUGAUAUCCCAGGCCAUGUCUACUCUCAAGCCGCAGGCAUUGCCCUAUACAAAAAAGACCAUCUUUGGGAGUGUAGCCCCUCAAGGGCUGACGGGCUUGGGGGCAAAGGUUGGGCAGAGCGUGACGGGGUUGUGGAGCAGUUUCUCUGCUGGGAUCGCGAGCAGCUUGCUGAAUCGGAGUUUGGGGCUGACGCAGGAGGAUGUGAAUAAUAUCAAUGCUUCGCAUCAUCGGGAGAGGGAGUUGAGUCUCAGUCCGGUUGGGUCGCCAGGUAGUGGUGCGGGGAAGGAGAAGCAGCUUGGGGCGGCGGAGGGAGGGGGCAACAGUAAGAUGGAGGAUCAUGUGGAAAAAAGCGAGAAGACGGCGGAGAGGCAGAUGGCGAUUGCGGCGGUUACGGGGGGAGGGAAGGAUGGGGGGGCGUUGAUUGAUGAGGAGUUGGAGACGUUGUUUAGUCGGUUUCAGAAGAGUAGGGUUGAGAGGGCGGAUGGUGGUGGGGGGGAGAAGGGCGAUGGGAAUGGGGGGGAUGUGCUGACGAAGGAGAGGUGGUUGGAGGAAGAGAGGAGGGCGCAGAGGAUGAGGAGGGAGGAGGGGAAGAUUAGGGGGUUGAAUAGGAAUGGGAGGGUGGAUUAUUGUAUUCAGGAGAGUGUGCUUGACUUUAACCCGAUGAACACGAUUGCGUCGCAUAUGAGUUAUUGGGCGGAUGAGGAUGUGGCUCAUUUUGUCCUUUCGCAGCUGUUGCAGGGGGAGAGGGUGAGGACGCCGAGGGUGUGA